AUGGCCGAGUUUGAAGUGAGAAUUGUUCUGGUGGGUAAAACUGGAGCAGGAAAGAGUGCAAGUGGAAACACCAUCCUGGGCAGAGAGAGUUUCUUUAAAGAAGAAGCCUCACCUGUGUCAAUUACAAAAGAAUGCACAUCAGGGUCUACAAACCAUGAAGGCAGGGAAAUCUGUGUGGUUGAUACACCAGGAAUUUUUGGAUCACUCAGUCAGAAAGACGUGGAAAAACAAAUAAAAGAUUGUGUCCACAUGUCACUCCCUGGUCCUCAUGCAUUCCUGCUAGUGAUCAGAGUUGGGAGAUUCACAGAGGAGGAGAAAAAUGCUGUGGAGUGGAUUCAGGGGAACUUUGGUGAAGAUGCCUUCACUCAUGUUGAUCAGCUGAAGGGCAAACCUCUGGAAAAGUAUCUCAGAGAAAGCAGAGAUCUUCUGAGGUUUGUUGACCGUUGUGGUGGUAGAUAUCAUGGAUUCAGCAAUGACAGUAAACAGAACCAAAAUCAGGUCACACAGCUGCUGGAGAAGAUAGAUGCAAUGGUGGAGAGGAAUGGUGGAACACACUAUACAAAUGAGAUGUUUCAAAAAGCCCAGGAAGAGAUUUUAUCGACAGGUCAGCUGCGUUCUUCUGAUGUGAGGAUUGUGCUGCUGGGUAAAACUGGAUCAGGAAAGAGUUCUACAGGAAACACCAUCCUCGGCAGUGAGGUCUUCAUACAGGACGUUUCACCAGAAUCUGUCACAACACAGUGCAAAAAGCAUGUUGUUGAGAGAGAAGGAACACGUAUCUCAGUGAUCGACACUCCUGGGAUCUUUGACACCUCAAUGACUAAAGAAGAGCUGAAAGCUGAAAUAGAGAAAUGUAUCAGUAUGGAUGGUCCUGGACCCUGCAUCUUCCUACUGGUCAUCAGUUUGGCCGCAAGAUUCUCAGAGGAAGAGAGGAAUGCUGUGAAGUGGAUUCUGGAGAACUUUGGAGAAUAUACUUCAAUCUACUCCAUUGUUCUGCUCACCCAUGCUGAUCAACUGAAGGAUAAAAGAGUGGAGGAUUACAUUAAAGAAAGUAUAGAACUUCGCAGAGUUAUAAACAGCUGUGGUGGGAGAUUUCAUGUAUUAAAUAAUGAGGACAGGGCAAAUAGCUCUCAGGUCACAGAGCUACUUGAGAAGAUUGAUCUGCUGGUAGAGAGGAAUGGGGGACAUCUCUACAGCAAAAAGCUCUACCAGCAGGCACAGGUGAAUCUCAGAGAGAUGGAGGAGAGAAGGAGGAAAGAAGAAGAGGAAAAGUCUGGCAUCACUGGGUGGAUUAGAAGAGUAAUGGAGAAUCCAGUGCAGUUUCUUGAAGAUAGAGUAUGUUCAGGUCUUGCUGGAGUGGGGUUAGGAACUGCAGCAGCAGGGUUAGGAGGCCUAGUGCUAACAGGAACAGUAGGAUAUACCAUCUUUUUAGGGGUAAUAGCAGUAUAUGCUGUCAAAUGUUAUCGACGUAUGGGAAGACAAUAA